AUUUUCCCAACGUCACUCAUUCUUUCUGUUAAAGAUGGCCGCGACCUUGUUUGCGAAGUUCGUUCCAAAACAUGGUAAUGGACAUCAUAUAUAUGGAUGGCUUCCUCUCACUCAGACAGUUCGACAUGGCUCCAAGGCUGUGACCCGUCACAGGAAACCACUUCACAUCCUCAAACAGAAGCUCCUGGCUGUCACAAAGUACAUUCCUCCACCCCAGCCUUUUCCCCGUGGAGCCUACCCAUCAGAAAGUGAUCACAACCAGGAGGAUAAUGGCUUGAUGUUACUCCAGAAGAAGGAUUUAAAGAAAAUAUUUGAGGAUUACAAAAUGAUCGCUGUGGUUCAGAACAACUGCGGCAAUGCUGAGGACAUGGUUAUUCUGAAGCACAGACUUCAUAAACAUGGAAUCAGUGUCAAGUUCUUCCCAAACAAGGUGACUCGGCCGUUCCUGAUCAACUUUAUUUAUUGCAACAUGGCUCCUCUGUUUAUUGGGCCGACAGUUCUGCUUGUCAGUAAAGAACCGAAGGUAAAGGAGAUGCUGACCUCUCUGAGGGCCAGCCCACAGAUGACACUUUUAGGCGCCUGCAUAGAUGACACCUUACUGAGCGUUCAGGGCAUUGUCAGUUACUCCAAACUUCCAGCGAUGACCGUUGUACAGGGGGAGCUAGUUAGUGGGCUGACGAUGCUUACCUCCCACACAGCCUCUCUGCUGCAGCGCCACCCGGCCCACCUCUCCUCUCUGCUUCAGCAGUACAUCAAACAGCAGAACCCAAACAACGGCACAGAGGCCAGUCCUACAGCAGAGCAGGCAACAUAGAGAUCCACAGGAACGUUUUGAGACUGAUCGUGCAGCUAAAAGAAGCAAAGAUGAACUGCAGCUGGAGGCACACUGUGUUCAGAUGAGAGUAAACAUGAAUGUUAUCAGUGCAUCUUAACAUCAAGGUGCGUCAAACGGACAAUGCUGCAGAAAUGAUAGUUGAACCCCUUAUUUAAGGAUACUUUGUUAUUAAAAGAGAACGUUUCUGCUCAGA